AUGGUGUACGAUAGCUUUGGUGGACAGUCGCGAGGUUUCCACACGGAGCAGGAGCGGCUUGUGCGAAUCUAUGCCGUGAUUGAUCAGGGGCGCCGGCGCGAGAUGGAGGAUGGCUGCGCCAUCGCGACUGGCCUGCCAUCGGGCGUUUCGCUGGUUGGGGUUUUCGAUGGCCACGGCGGGGACGAUGCCGCGAGAUAUUGCUCCAGCAAUCUCUUCAAGCUCCUGGUGCGCGACGAGAGGUUCGAAAAGGGUGAGUUUCGCGAGAGCUUGCACAGCGUGUUCUUGAGCACUGACGAGGGAUUCGCCGGGCAUGGAUCGACGUCGUCUGGAACGACGGCGGUGGUGGCUCUUGUGAAAGAGGGCAGAUUUUUCGUGGCUCACGCUGGUGAUUCCUACUGCAGCCUCGUCAAGAACAAGCAGAUGAUCCACCUGACCAAGGAUCACGUCCCAAGCAACUUGGACGAAGCCGAUCGAGCUCGCAAAUCCAAGUGCGUCGUCCAUGACGGGGUGGUGAGCAAGGAUGGAUCUUUGAGCACUCUGGCGGUGACACGCGCGAUCGGCGACUUUGAGUUCAAGGACAAUCCAAAGAAGAGCCGGGAAGAACAGGCAGUGGUCGCUGAUCCGGAGAUCUUGGAGCAGGAGAUUUGCGAUGGCUGCGAGUUUUUGAUUCUUGCGUCGGAUGGCCUGGAGAGGAAGUAUGUGGAGUCGUGCCGGGAAGAGAUCAGCAAGGCGCUCAAGGAGAAAAACUUUGAGGCACUGAAGGAGAUCGUUGCAAGAGCACAGUCCAAUGAUAACAAGACGAUGGUGAUCGUGGAGUUUCUCAAGCAGGACGACAGGAAAAAGAGAGAUGCUACGAGCAGGGACAGUGAUCAUGAUCUUGGCAGUGAUCUUAGAAGCAAGAAUGGCGAUGGCUAUGAUCGAAGAAGGGAGAAUCACCGUGGUGACGAUCGUAGAAGGAAGGAUAACCGGGAUUAUGACAGGAAAAGAGGAAGAGAUCACCGCUGGCACCCCGAUUAUGAUCAAAGAAGACGUGGCUACGAUCGUCGGAGGUCGAGAACCCCGGAGCGUCGAUCGAAGAGAUGAAGUUCCAUUAGUUCCAGAGCUACAAAACUUUUCUAGCGAGUUCUUCGACGAUCAAAUCGAUCGCUAUCAAGCGGCUGAUACCUCCAAAGCGAAUGCUCCUUUUUCUUUUCCUGGAUCCAGCUGACGUUGCGUGGAUGGAUCCACUCAACAGGCAUUCGUUUGGAGUCAACUCGAAAGGAAUUCUUUGAGCUAAGCUUAAGCGCUGGCUCGCAUCACAAGUAUAUGAAAGUGGACAAAGCAGUGGCUCGAGUUUUGUUCUCGAGUUGUUCCAUUGUCAAUUUUUUCUCGAAAGGCUACCGAGAAAAAAAGAAGGCUAAGAUCAUCCA